GAAUGCGGUCUUAUAUAAAUCCCCCUUCCUGAAAUCGAAUACGGUCGAACAAACCACCGACUGCCACCAAGCGGUAAGGCCACUAUCGUCAAUAGAGUUGGCUGCAAUUUGAGGUAUUGCGGGUUUUGAAUAAUUCGAGGCUCGUGACAUUAACCUCCGAGAGCUGUAUCGGGGAAUUACUGAUUGAUCGAAGCUCUCUCCUGAGUUUGCAAAGCUAGGCGACUAUGGGUCAAAUAUGGAAAAUGGCAGAAGUGAGUGAGCAUAAAACUCAAGAGAGUUGCUGGAUGGUCUUGCAUGGGAAGGUUUAUGAUAUCACUUCAUUCGUUCCAAAACAUCCUGGAGGGAGAAGUAUUCUGCUGAAGAAUGCAGGGCAAGACGCUUCGGCGGCCUUCGAUUCGGUUCACCCAGUCGAGAUGCUAGAUGAGUAUCUGACGCCAAACCAAGUAAUAGGAACGAUUGAACCAGAUGACGCUGCCGAGGACAAGAAGGCACGGAAAGUCAAGCAUGAUUCGCACCUAGGAUUGAAGGACACUUCAUCCAUCACGUUGCCGCCCCUUGCGUCGAUGUUGAGUAUAUCUGAGAUUGAAUCGCACGCGAUGAAACGUCUAUCACCCAAAGCGAUAUCAUAUUAUGUUUCUGCCGCUGACGACCAACUCACAAAAGAAGCGAAUGGUCAAAUAUACCGCUCUAUCCUCCUGCGACCGCGGGUCUUUAUAGACUGCACAGAGUGCUCGCUGGAGACAUCGAUAUUGGGGAAUAGGGUAGGCCUACCAAUAUAUGUCUCCCCAGCUGCCAUGGCUCGCCUGGCCCAUCCGAGUGGCGAAGCUGGAAUAGCCCGCGCAUGCUCAAAAUUCAAUGCACUUCAGAUCAUCAGCAAGAAUGCCUCGAUGUCACCGCCGGCAAUUGUGAGUGCCGGGCCUGACGCAGUCUUCGCGUGGCAACUAUAUGUGCUCAAGGACCUCGCAGCAACUGAGAGGACUUUAGCCCAAAUCCGCAAAAUCCCACAAAUCAAGUUCAUCGUCCUAACGCUGGACGCACCGUUCCCCGGAAAACGCGAAGCAGAUGAGCGCUUCAAGAUGGCGGAGGUAGCUGGCGGGGCACCGCCGCGGGCUUGGGGGACAGAGUCGGCGUUAACAUGGAGAAAGACAUUGGAAUGGCUAGGCAGACAUACAAGCUUGCCGAUAGUCCUCAAAGGAGUUCAGACACACGAAGAUGCAUACGCCGCAACGCUGUUCCCUGCUGUUAAAGCUAUUAUCAUUUCGAAUCAUGGCGGCAGGGCACUUGAUACUGCACCUCCACCAAUCCAAGUUCUGUUAGAAAUUCGAAAGUUCUGCCCGCAAGUUUUCGACUGCAUCGAUGUGCUCGUUGACGGGGGUGUCAAGCGAGGUACAGAUGUUGUGAAGGCUCUGGCGUUAGGAGCGAAGGGUGUUGGGAUCGGCCGAGCCGCUCUGUACGGGCUCUCAGUUGGAGGAGAAGAGGGUGUUGAAAGAGUGCUCAAGAUUCUGGCUGACGAGACCCAAACGGCGAUGAGGUUACUUGGUGUGAAGAAUGUAUCAGAGCUUAGCCUGCGGCACAUCAAUACAAGUGCUUUAACAUCAAGGUUGUUCGAUGGGCCUUCAGGUCUCGAGGAUAUUGAAAGGAAACUCCAGUCUAAAUUGUGAAGAUGUUACUGGGACUAGUAAAUUGGGCUAAUGAAAGGAGGUACGCAUGCCAUCAAAUAGGGCAUGAACUUAGUAAAAUCUUGAAACUC